AAUAAAACCCCAUUUACUUGCCCUUUCAAAAGAGCAAUUGGGGUUUUUCUUAAAGUUACUUUCUUUGAAUGUUUCUAUACUCAUUGUCUCUAUAUAAAGUUUCAGUCUUUCAUGUGGAUUUUGCAAGAUUAGCCAGUUCUGGUAGCCAUUAACUGAUUCUUGUUUUCUCUGUUUCUCUCAGGUGCUCCAAUUAGGAGAAGUUGGAAAUUCAUUUUUUCUACAUAAAAUCAAGAAUCUGAUUUAUUAAGGAUGAGAGGAGCUGUGCUUAUUGCACUUGCUGCUGCCAUUGGCAACAUGUUGCAAGGAUGGGACAAUGCAACGAUAGCAGGAUCUGUUCUUUACAUCAAGAAGGAAUUUAAUUUGCAAACACAGCCAACCAUGGAAGGGCUAAUUGUUGCGAUGUCUCUAAUUGGAGCAACAGUGAUCACAACAUUCUCGGGACCUGUAUCGGACAUGCUUGGAAGACGUCCAAUGCUUAUAAUUUCAUCAGUACUUUAUUUCCUCAGUGGAUUAGUGAUGUUAUGGGCUCCAAAUGUUUAUGUGUUACUUUUAGCAAGGCUCUUGGAUGGAUUUGGAAUUGGUCUUGCGGUGACACUUGUUCCUGUCUAUAUAUCCGAGACUGCCCCACCAGAAAUAAGAGGGCAAUUGAAUACAUUUCCACAGUUCACCGGUUCUCUCGGAAUGUUUUUGUCAUACUGCAUGGUUUUUGGAAUGUCACUGACACAAGCACCAAGUUGGAGGCUAAUGCUUGGGGUUCUAUCAAUUCCUUCUCUUGCUUACUUCUUUCUUACAUUGUUUUACUUACCUGAAUCUCCAAGGUGGCUGGUCAGUAAAGGUCGAAUGAAGGAGGCUAAACAAGUUUUACAGAGACUACGUGGCAGAGAAGAUGUCUCAGGCGAAAUGGCAUUGUUGAUGGAAGGUUUAGGUGUUGGAGGUGAAGUAUCUAUAGAAGAGUAUAUAAUUGGUCCGGACAAUGAACUUGUGGACAACCAGGAUGAGAAAGAUCAGAUCAAGUUAUAUGGAGCCGAAGAGGGUCUUUCAUGGAUAGCAAAACCUGUCACUGGACAAAGUACUCUAGGCCUGGUCUCCCGUCACGGGAGUAUGGCAAACCAAAGCAUGCCUCUUAUGGAUCCGUUGGUUACUCUGUUUGGCAGUGUUCAUGAGAAGAUGCCGGAGAUGGGAAGCAUGCGAAGCAUGCUCUUUUCGAAUGUUGGAAGCAUGUUCAAUAUCACAGAGAAUCAAGGAAAAACUGAUAAUUGGGAUGAAGAAAGCCAAAAGGAUGAGGAAAAUCAUAUGUCUGAUGGUUCUGGGGCAGAAUCUGAUGAUAAUCUGAGAAGCCCGCUGCUCUCACGUCAAGGUACAAAUGCAGAAGGAAAUAUGGGACCUCCAACAUCAUUAAGCAUGAGGCAAGGCAGCAAUUUCAUGCAGGCGAAUGGCGUCGGCGAGCAAGCCAGCAUGGGUAUUGGUGGUGGUUGGCAGCUAGCAUACAGAAAAGAUGAGAAAAAGGAAGGAGCACUCAAAAGGAUCUAUUUACAUGAAGAAGGAGGCAGUGGAUCACGACGGGGGUCCAUUAUUUCUCUUCCAGGAGAUACUCAUGCAGAUCAAGGUGAAUUCAUUCAUGCUGCUGCUUUAGUGAGUCAGUCUGUUCUUCGUGCUGAGAGCCUCUUGGGUCAACAGUCUAUAGAAGAAGCAAUCGAGACACAAUCUGAAACUGUUACGAAGAAGUCAGUCUGGAAAGCACUUCUUGAGCCAGGAGUCAAGCAUGCACUGAUUGUUGGAGUUGGACUUCAAAUACUUCAGCAGUUUUCCGGAAUCAACGGGGUUCUUUAUUACACUCCUCAAAUUCUUGAACAAGCAGGUGUAGGAGUUCUCCUAUCGAAUAUGGGCAUUGGUUCAGACUCUGCGUCUUUCCUCAUAAGUGCUGUCACAACUUUGUUAAUGCUUCCCACUAUUGGUGUUGCAAUGAGACUAAUGGACUUGGCUGGCAGAAGGUGGCUUUUGCUGGCUACAUUGCCCGUCUUGUUAUCGUCACUUAUUGUACUAGUCCUUGGCAAUGUUAUUAACAUGGGUGAGGUCAUGCACGCUGUGAUCUCCACUGUUAGCGUUGUGGUAUACUUCUGCACCUUUGUUAUGGGCUUUGGUCCUAUCCCAAAUAUCCUCUGCUCUGAGAUAUUUCCCACCAGCGUUCGUGGAAUCUGCAUUGCUAUAUGUGCUCUUACUUUUUGGAUCGGAGACAUCAUUGUCACCUACUCGCUCCCCAUUAUGCUCAACUCCAUUGGACUUGGAGGUGUCUUCGCCAUCUAUGCUGUUGUGUGUGCUGUGGCUUGGGUAUUCGUCUUCUUGAAAGUUCCUGAAACAAAGGGCAUGCCCCUUGAAGUCAUUACAGAGUUCUUCGCCGUUGGAGCUAAGAGAGCUGCCACAGAAUAAGUUACCUAAACUAGACAUUUGAAAAACUUGCUGUUUUCUUUCCCUGAAUAUGAGGUCUGGUCAACUGUAUUUUCGUGACUCGAGGCGAUUCAUGCGAGACCUACAGAAAUGUUGGUGAUUUCCCAGAAAGAAGUGAAGUAAUCAGUUAACAAGAUUGUAGUUAUGAAUUCAUCUCUUUCAGAGUUUCAAGAUUUGGAUGUCAAGUUUGUCAUUGGCACCAUCUAAUGUUAAUGUUUGAACAUUUUAUUUAUACACUUGCUUAUUCCCCUUU